AUGCCGAAACUUGUGUACGAUGAUAGCAUUAGCAACCACAUUGAUGAUUGUAAGAUCUUCUGGCAGUAUGUUUACAGGUCUCUGCUAGCAAAUAAGGCACCCGUGCUAGAUGGUUUUCAUCUGAAUCUUGGCGGCGAGUGCCCCAUUGUUGAUAUUGGACUAUGGAUUGAAACUGCGGUUACUCGCCAUGUUCGUGACCUGAAUAUUUGUAUCCCUACUGACAAGGAAGGGUCUUCUGUUGGUUUGCCGAGUAGCCUUUAUACCUCUGAUACAUUAGAGACCUUGACACUCGUCAAUUUCGUUUAUUUGGAUGUUCCUGUUAAUGUUUGUCUCCCGUCUCUCACAAGUCUUAUCCUUGAGAAUGUUGAUUACGCAGACGACCAGACUCUACCACGUCUUUUAUCCGGUUGUCCAAAUCUUGAAGAAUUGUUUGUGCAAAGAUAUGAUGGAGAUGAAACAGUGGACUCCACUGUUGUGGUGCCUUCCUUACAAAGACUAACUAUUUUGGACAUAAAUCAUGCGACAUGUGGUCGGUAUGUGAUAGAUGUCCCUUCUUUGAAGUACCUUAACAUUACAGACAAUGUAGUUUAUAACUCCCGUCAAAUUGAGAAUAUGCCUGAGUUGGUCGAGGCGCAUGUUGACAUUGCUGAUGGAGUUACUCACAAGUUUCUGAGAGCUCUUACUUCUGCCCGACGCCUUUCUCUAUCGUUAUCACUUUCAGAGGUUAUGCAACCUUCUGGUAUGAUCUUCAAUCAGCUUGUUUAUCUUGAAUUGAAUACAUGUGCUCAAAGCUGGUGGGAUCUUCUUAAUCAUAUGCUCCAAGAUUCCCCCAAACUAAAAACUCUCAAACUCAUCAGUAAACAUACUUCUGGUGGUUCUGGCAAAAAUAACCCAAACGGUUGGAAGCUGCCGAGUUCUGUUCCUGAGUGUUUGUUGAGUAGUCUUGAGGGUUAUGAGUGGAAUGAGUACCAAGGGAGACAAGGAGAUAGAGGCAUUGCGACAUAUGUUAUAGAGAAUGCUGCUUGUUUGAAGAGAGCCACUUUCUCUCCAAAAUCUACUGACGUGGGAAAGAAGUAUCAGAUGCUCAAGGAGUUGGCAUCUAUAGCUGCAGCUUCUUCUUCGUUUCAACUUCUAUUCGACUAA